CCGACUGUUACGCGAUCGGUUAAACGACCACCACGUCAAACGGCGGAGGAAGUCAACUUGUGCUAGCUUCGCGUGCUAGCUCCCGGGCCACCGUACAGCUUAACACGGGCGACGCACGAGCUGGUGUCAAGUCACGACACGGAAUGUAAAUGUCUGAGGACAGGGAAGCCCAGGAGGAUGAGCUGCUCGCCCUAGCAAGCAUUUACGAUGAGGAGGAGUUCCGCCAAGCCGACUCGGCCCAGGGGGGAGAGAUCCAACUCUGCCUGGAGCUUCCUCCCGAUUUCAAAAUUGUCGUCAAAGGAGGGAAGCAAACUGAAUAUAAUGUCUGCUUCUUACCUCCUCUGGUGCUCAACUUUGAGCUUCCGGCAGACUAUCCUUCCACAUUAUCACCAAUCUUCACCCUCAGCUCCAAAUGGAUGACAAGAGCACAGAUGAGCUCCCUGUGUAGACGUCUGGACGAUCUGUGGGAGGAGAACCAGGGCUGUGUGAUUCUUUUCACGUGGAUCCAGUUCCUCAAAGAGGAGGCUCUGGACUUUCUGGGCAUCCAGUCUCCUCUUGAAGUCAUCAGGGGAGGAAGUAAGGCAGGUGGUGGUGAGCGCAGGAAAACAGACCCUGCAGCUACAGCUCUGACACAGUCUGGGAGUCACUCUGAAAACGCAGAGGAGAAGAAAAGAGAUGCGAAGAAAGAAAAGUCUGAAGCGCAAUCAACGCCGUCUUCUCAACUGGACCCGCGGACAGUUCUGUUGAGGGACCCGCACGCUGACCUCCUACCUCAGCUCCUGGACUUUGACGAGGCGCAGCGCCAGAAGGUGUUUGACAGCAAGGUGUUCUGCUGCGGGAUCUGCUUUGUAGAGAAACUGGGCUCCAUGUGCCUCUGCUUUAAGGAGUGCCAGCACGUCUACUGCAAGGCCUGCAUGACCGAGUACUUCCAGAUCCAAAUACGGGACGGCAACGUUCAGUGCCUUAAUUGCCCUGAACCAAAAUGUACCUCCUUAGCCACACCACUGCAGGUGAAGCAGUUGGUGGAUGAUGAGCUGUUCGCCCGCUAUGACCGUUUGCUGCUCCAGUCCACACUGGACCUCAUGGCCGACGUGGUCUACUGUCCCCGCCAGUCCUGCGGCACCGCCGUCAUGGUGGAGCCGGACACAACAAUGGGCAUUUGCACUGCCUGCCAGUAUGCUUUUUGCACACUGUGCAAGCUUGGCUACCACGGCCUCUCCAACUGUAAAAUCCCUGCAGAGGAAUUGCGGAACCUCCGAGACGAGUACCUGUCUGCCACAGCUGAGGGGAAAAAGUUCCUGGAGCAGCGCUUUGGCAAGAGGGUGAUCCAGAAAGCAGUGGAAGAGUCCUUUAGCAGAGACUGGCUCCACGAGAACUGCAAAUGCUGCCCACGCUGCGGAACUAAUAUCCAGAAAGUGGACGGCUGUAACAAGAUGACCUGUACCUCGUGUAAACAAUACUUCUGUUGGCUGUGCAUGGGCGUCCUAAGCAGAGUCAACCCGUACAGUCACUUUAACAACCCACAUUCACCGUGUUACAACCAACUCUUCCACGGCGUGGACCUCGAUGAAGAAGAUGCCUUCUGGAGUGACGAGGAGGACUGACGCCUGUGCCAGUUUCUCACUACCAUAUCCUCCUUCUGAAUGCACUUUAACUCACAUAACCGUCACUUCACCUUUCGCUGUCAGGAUUUAAUACAACUGUGUUCCGUCAGGAAUGGGCAAGAACAGUUGUAUCAUGUUUUCCCUCAAGAGAGAAACAGCUGAGGUCAUUCAUGUCAUUUAAAAAAAUGUAAGCUCACGGAUACAUACUCGGCUGUGACUGGUCGUAAAAUAUGUCUAUCAAACCCUUCAAAUUUGACAGUGUGACAGGGCUGAGAUUUUAUUCCGAAGCUCUAAAAUUGGUUGGAUUUCUCUUUGUUCCUCCACACAGCUCAACAUGCUCUUUUUCUGAACUGGAAACAGUUCAUGAUAUGUUUUGGUGUCCCCACAGGUUUACAAUCCUGGAGACACUGACUAAGCUCAGUUUGAUGAAUUGGAAGUGUUUUGUUUCCAUGUAGCUACUCAACUAUGCCCUCUGAGAGGUAGAGGGAGAAAGAAGGAAACUCUGCACUCUGCACCCUGCUCGUUCUAUCAUGUAUCUGCCGUCUUUGUCUAACAUUAUGUCACAUGUCCAAAGUAUGACAUGGCAAAUUUUAUUCAUCAAACAAACUUCAAGGUGGAUGAUUGAAUGAUUUUCGUAAUCUAACCAACACUGUUAUGCAAACAAUAAUAAAACGACUAAAGCGAUGGAGGCAGAACUGCCGAUUUGUCAUCCUGACAAACUUUCAGAACAGUUUUUUUUUUGGUUUACAUCCUAGGCUUUUUUUUUGGUUGACUACCAGAAUGGGAAACCCGGAUACAGACACGUGUUCUCUGUAGGUUACAAUAUCAGGCGGGGCUCAUCUUUUCCCUGGGAUGCAGGGAUGUGGUGUUUUUAUUUUUCCUGAUACAAUAUCCUUUUUUAUGAUUUCCUUUCAUUUUGAGGUUUACACAAAUGUGUUUUUUGCACAUCCUAUGAUAAUUGUCAAGAAGGUUAAAAAGAGUAAUUCAAUACUUUUUGGUUGUAAGGGGUGGUUUCAUUAAUUUUUUUUUCAGUCUCGUGUCUUAGUCCAUACAGAAUGUAAUAUUGGAGGGACAGUGCAGCAAAUAUUCAUGAGUUGGGAUACUGGGAUUGUGAUUAUGGUGUGUGUCCGCUAGAAAGUCAACUCAUUCAGGGGACUGCCGUGUUAGAAAGGAAAUUUCUAUUUUAGGAAGCCAUCUAGGAUUGAUUUUGACUAGAUUUAUUCACACACUCCUUUGAACGAAAUGUACAUUUAAUGUUGCCAAAUGUUAGUGUCAAAGGGAGGCCAUAGUAUCUCGAUAAUGUCUUAUUACAAAAUGACUGUUAAUUUAUUUUCAUUUUUCAAAUUUGAUUACAAGAACAACUAUCUAAUACAAGCAUUUGAGUUUAAAUUGAAUCAUGCAUCAAAUCUUUUUUUCUUUUCUUCUUUUUUUCGUUGUUGAAUAAUUUGCUCCUGCUCCGAAAGUGCAGAAUACUAAAAGAAAUUGAUGCUGGUCUGGGCUGUUAAAAGACAAUCUCUUGUUCAGUAAUGCACGCACAGUAGAUUGAUUUUCCCAUCAACGCAGACCCACUCUCACUUCAUGCCUCAUAUACAGUACAGUUAUGUUUGAAUGAAGGACUUGCAGAAUCCUGUUAAAAUGCAUUUAACAUACUGUUCCUCGAAAUAAACCUUACCACUUAA